AUAAUUACUGCCCACAUAAUCAGGUGACUUCGCUGAUUAAGUCGAUGAUGAGAUCGCUAGCAUAUAAUAAUGUCUCGCCUCGAACGACCAAGGUGCCAUAUUCCUCGCUUCCCUUUCCCCGGCGUGCCCGUCUUGUCUUCGAACAUUGGCACAGCUCCCCGAAGCACCAACCAUCGUUGCAAACAACAUGUCCCUGACGGACACACCAAAAACUCGAGAGCAAUGUCGCGCAGCGCUCGAAUCGCUACCAGACACGCCAGAUCGCAUCCCUGCGAUUUUCCUUGCUCACGGCCCCGAUGCUUAUUUGGCCCCAAAGCCCCCUAUUCCAUCGGACCCAUUUAAAGGACCCAUAUUCAACUGGGCUGGACGUGAAGGUCCAUUGGCACAGUUUCUUGAUGAUCUUGGUCCCUUGCUGUUGAAGAAAUACAAGCCAAAGGGAAUAAUCGUUCACCGACUAUGGGAACGAAAACCCCUGCUAAUGGACUACUAUGGCUUCUCCCCUGAGCUGUACCAAGUUGAAUUCAUUUCCCGCGGUGAUAGCGUACUGACGCAGAAGAUCGUCAACGCUUUUAUCGCUGCUGGCAUUCCUGCCCGCCCGAUUCAAAUAACAGAGCCACGGGGCCAUGACGGACGAGGGUAUGAUGGUCCGGGGCUGGAUCACGGAGUUUUUAUGCCAGAGGAUAUCCCCGUUGUGGAAGUGAGCAUUGACGAGAGCUUGAGCACGGAAAAACAUUGGGAAAUUGGUCGCGCCCUCAGGAUUAAGGUCUGCUAUCUCAUAAUUUCAGGUGGCCUAGUCAUCCACAGUUUCAAAAAUAAUGGGGCAUCCUUCAACCCUGAGCGUGCUGGUCCAGUUCUACAUGACUUCCACGAUGCGAUCACUCAGGCGGUCCUGAUUAAGGACCCUGCUGCUCGUCGGGAAGCACUUCAUGCACUCACCAACCACCAAGGUUUUCGAGUGGCGAACCCUCGCGAAGAACACUUCAUACCGUUAUACGUUGCGGCUGGAGCUGGAGAUACAUUGACGGGUGAAGACAAAGACGGAGAGACAAGGAUACUAGCAGAUUUUUACGGGAUGAGUUCGUUUGCUUUCGGUUUAUAACCCAAUGUGUACCUCGCGUGUUGAAAUGUACGAAAUAAUGUAGAUGCAAUUACAUGAUAUUAGUAGCCUAACGUAUAUAACAAUACCUGCGGUGUCUGUAC